AGCUGGCCCCCAGCUGGCAACACAUUCUCGAGAAUUUCCCGCAGAAGAGCCAGUGGCUGUUCUGCUCGUUCCAAAGAUCGGAAACAUCGGAGAAGGCAAUUUAUUUACCAACCAAGAAAGCCCCUCCCCCGACCUCGUUAGCUAAUUAAACGUUUUCCAGGCACUUAACCAUCACGAGUGGAAUGUGUUACUUCUCUUAGAUACUUGAUAACCAGAGAUGCUGUCUCCACCUCCUCCAACCUUGUCAUAAAAGAAUUGCUUCAUUUUUCUUGAAGACAUUCCAUUAUUGUUCAUUGACCUUUCCCUGACUACUGAGUCCUUUGGAUUUGAGUUAUGUCAACAGCUGCCUUAAUUACUUUGGUUAGAAGUGGUGGGAACCAGGUGAGAAGGAGAGUGCUGCUAAGCUCCCGCCUGCUGCAGGAUGACCGGCGGGUGACACCCACAUGCCACAGCUCCACUUCAGAGCCCAGGUGUUCUCGGUUUGACCCAGAUGGUAGUGGGCGUCCAGCCACCUGGGAUAAUUUUGGGAUCUGGGACAACCGCAUUGAUGAGCCAAUUCUGCUACCGCCCAGCAUUAAGUAUGGCAAGCCAAUACCCAAGAUCAGCUUGGAGAAGGUGGGCUGUGCCUCACAGAUUGGCAAACGGAAAGAGAAUGAAGAUAGAUUUGACUUUGCUCAGCUGACCGAUGAGGUCCUGUAUUUUGCGGUUUAUGAUGGACAUGGCGGGCCUGCAGCUGCUGAUUUCUGUCAAACCCACAUGGAGAAAUGCAUCAUGGAUUUGCUUCCCAAGGAGAAGAACUUGGAAACUGUGUUGACCUUGGCUUUUCUAGAAAUAGAUAAAGCCUUUGCGAGUCAUGCCCAUCUGUCUGCUGAUGCAACCGUUAUGACCUCUGGGACUACUGCCACAGUAGCCCUGUUGAGAGACGGUAUUGAGCUGGUUGUCGCCAGUGUUGGGGAUAGCCGGGCUAUUUUGUGUAGAAAAGGAAAAUCCAUCAAGCUGACCAUUGACCAUACUCCGGAGAGAAAAGAUGAAAAAGAAAGGAUCAAGAAGUGUGGCGGUUUUGUAGCGUGGAAUAGUUUGGGACAGCCUCAUGUGAAUGGCAGACUUGCGAUGACAAGGAGUCUUGGAGAUUUGGAUCUUAAAAGCAGUGGUGUGAUAGCAGAACCAGAAACAAAGAGGAUUCAGCUACAUCAUGCCCAUGACAGCUUCUUGGUCCUCACUACGGAUGGAAUUAACUUCAUGGUGAAUAGUCAAGAGAUUUGUGACUUCGUCAGUCAGUGCCAUGAUCCCACUGAAGCGGCCCAUGCAGUGACUGAACAGGUGAUACAGCUGAGCUUCUGCUAGAAAAGUCCCCCUGGGGGAGGGUGGG